GCCCCAAAGUGAAACUGUCAAAACAUCCGCACAUCCAUCAUCAGUUUGUUAUAUUUUUUGCCAGCGUAAUUUUUUUGUAAGCAAAAUGGUAAUUUGUACUUAUUUCCUCAAUAAUAAUUGUCGGUUUGGCUCUAAAUGCAAUAACGAUCACAUCGAUCUACCAGCCGUCAUCAAAUCUGAGAUCGAUGUCACCCUCAAGGGAAAUCAGUGGCCAUUGUCAUGUUUUGGCCCGUUCAAGGAGAGAAACUGUGUCCCAAACUUUAUCGAGGAUGUCAGUUUCGAGGAGAUUCGAAUGAUGUAUCUGGAGGCGAAGAUGCAAAACAACAUUCCCAACUAUCAGAUGCAACUGAUGCAGAUGAUCAAUGAAGCCAAGCAAAAAAUGCAGUGGCUCUCGACUACCAACCGCGACAUAAUGGGCAUAUUAAUUGAAAUUUACAAUCAGCAGGACGAUUCCUCGAAGCCCCCCUCGGCCCAUACUCAAGCGAACCCAUUUGCAGCGGCGCCUGUAGGGGGAGGAGGUGUUGCUUCCACGGCGAACAUUUUUGGUGGGGGAACCAAUGGGGCUGGAGGGUUUGGAAAUACUGGUGCAGGAUUCGGUACGGGAGGAAAUGCAGGUAGCAACAUUUUUGGAGCAGCGCCAAAUCAGUCCACGAACAACAUAUUUGGAGCCGGGGGAACGACCAGCGCAAUGGGAGGCAAUAUUUUUGCAAAACCUGCCCAAACUACGACUGCGUCAUCCAAUAUCUUUGGAGCAUCGGCAUUAGUUCAACAGCAGCCUGCUAGUAGUGUGUUUGGUGGACCCGCAGUUUUUGGAGGAAGUGCUCAACCAUUGUUUGCUUCGGUAGGUCAAGCACAGCCUGCGACUGGGGGUUCAAUCUUUGGAGGCACUGCCGGAUCUGCUGCUGCUAGUUCCGGCAAUUUAUUCGCUCAGCCAUUUGGGCAACAGACUCAGGGACAGAAUCUGUUCGCCGCAGCACAAUCGCAAGCUCAACCCCCAGGAUCACCAUUCGCUGCAGUGCCAGCUCCUGCUGCCACUAAUCCGUUUACCAGCGCUCCACCAUUCGCUGCCGCGACAACAACCCAGCCACAGCAAAAUCUCUUCGCUUCGGCAUUUAACGCCCAGCCAGUGACCACCCAAUCACCAUUCGGACAAUCUGUCCAGCAACAAACCCCAACGCAGAGUUUGUUCCUACCGGCGCCUCAAGCAGCUCAACCGGAAACCAUGGCCGCUACCGCACAAUUGCCGUUCGGAACGGCGACGGCCGGCGUGUUCGGAGGAACACCGCAGCAUGGUGCCGCAAACGUGAUGGUCAGUCAAUCGGCCACCGUUUACAGCCGCGUCGAAGAUCUGACCAAAGAACAGCUGGAUGCGUUCAAUGCGGAUCGUUUUGAGCUAGGAAAGAUCCCAACGGUACCUCCACCCAAGGAGCUAUGUUUUUGAGCUGUGAGUUACAUUUUAAAAAAUAAGUAUUUGGUUUAAAGGCUCAAAGAGCUUUGAUUUCUGAAUUGGUUUCAAAUACAAAACUAUGAGGAUCAUAAAAUGA